AUGUAUUUGUGUGUUUAAAAACUCAGACAAUUCUCUCCUUCCAUUCAGAAUCGGACCCAGCCACACCAAACUCCAACGUUUCUCAUUACCAUAUAUAUAGAGAGAAUAAAAGCUCCUUCUUCCAGCAGCAGCACCAUCCAUGGCGUUUAUUUUCACGUUCCAAUUUUGCCCCAUUCUUCCUUGACGUCGCCAUCCCAAUCCUAAUCCUUGAAUUUCUCUAUCUGGGUAGUCUUCAUCUCCCUCAAGACUUCCACUUUCAAGUUCUGCUAGUCCAAUUUGCCUCUCAAUCGCACAUGGGUCCAACAGGAGAAGAUCCGAGAAACUCAGUACUGAGUCGACUCGCCGAGUCGGUGAAGGCGAUUUCCGAGUUGCCCGAAUGCCGGAACGCGUUCAGGAAGAUGUACGGCAACUUCGUACGAAGAGUCAAGCUUUUGAGUCCUCUGUUUGAGGAGUUGAGGGACAGUGAUAAAGCGCUUGGUGUAGAAGAGGUUAUAGCUUUAGAAUCGCUGGGAGAGGCUUUGAAUUCGGCUAAGGGGCUUAUCAAGUCUGUCAACCAAGGGAGCAAGCUUUAUCAGGCUUUGCAAAGGGACAAGAUUAUUGAUAAGUUUCACCAAAUGACGGUAAAAAUUGAAGCAGCAUUGAGUAAAAUUCCUUAUGAUAAAUUUGAUAUGUCAGAGGAGGUUUGUGAACAGAUUGAACUAGUGCAUACUCAAUUUAAAAGAGCAAAAGAAACAAAAGACACCCUUGACUCACAACUAGAGAUGGACUUAUCCAUAGCGGUGGGAGACAAUGAGCCUGACCCUGUAAUAAUAAAAAGACUUUCAGAAAUGCUGCACCUCAGAACCAUCAACGAUCUAAAGAAAGAGUCACUUGCUUUCCAUGAAUUGGUUAUCGCAAGUGGCGGAGAUGUAGGGGACCACUUUGAAAAGAUGCAAGCUCUGCUUAAGAAGCUAAAGGACUUAGUGCUGACAGAAAGCCCAGAAGUUGACAACUCUGAACGUGACAAGAGUAUGAUCAAGCACAGAUCUCCUGUUAUCCCAGAUGAUUUCCGAUGUCCAAUAUCACUAGAACUGAUGAAAGAUCCUGUGAUUGUCUCUACUGGCCAGACAUACGAAAGAUCCUGUAUUCAGAAAUGGUUGGAUGCGGGACACAAAACCUGUCCCAAAACACAGCAGACAUUGUUGCACACAGCCAUAACACCUAACUACGUUUUGAAGAGUCUAAUUGCUUUGUGGUGUGAGAGCAAUGGCGUUGAGCUGCCCAAAAAGCAAGGGAAUGGUAAAAACAAAAAAGCAGGAUGCAGUGUUUCAGACUGUGAUCGAGCUUCUAUUGCUUCCUUAUUAGAAAAACUAGCAAAAGGGAAUUCAGAAGAACAAAGAGCAGCUGCUGGUGAGCUCCGCUUGCUGGCAAAGAGGAAUGCAGAUAAUAGAGUGUGUAUUGCUGAGGCAGGGGCCAUUCCACUCCUUGUUGAGCUUUUAUCCUCCUCGGAUCCUCGGACACAAGAGCAUGCUGUUACAGCACUUCUCAACCUUUCAAUAAAUGAGAGUAACAAGGGAGCAAUUGUAAAUGCAGGAGCGAUACCUGAUAUAGUAGAUGUUCUGAAAAAUGGCAGCAUGGAGGCUAGAGAAAAUGCAGCUGCAACCCUUUUCAGUUUGUCUGUUGUAGAUGAAAACAAGGUGGCAAUUGGAGCUGCUGGGGCCAUCCCAUCCCUUAUAAAACUGCUUUGUGAGGGGACUCCAAGAGGAAAAAAGGAUGCUGCUACAGCUAUUUUUAAUCUCUCAAUCUAUCAGGGAAACAAGGCCAGAGCUAUAAGGGCGGGUAUUGUGGCCCCAUUAAUGAGAUUGCUGAAGGAUGCAGGAAGUGGGAUGGUGGAUGAAGCGCUAGCAAUCCUGGCAAUUCUGGCUAGCCAUCAAGAAGGGAAGAUGGCAAUUGCUCAGGCUGAGCCAAUCUCUGUUUUGGUGGAAGUUAUAAGAACUGGUUUCCCACGCAACCGGGAGAAUGCUGCUGCUGUAUUAUGGUCAUUAUGCACAGGUGAUAUACAGCAGUUGAAACUAGCAAGGGAACUUGGAGCAGACGAGGCCUUGAAGGAACUGUCAGAAAAUGGCACUGAAAGGGCCAAGAGGAAAGCUGGAAACGUUUUAGAGCUCCUUCAACGAGUCGAAGAUUCUAUUGAUCUUUAAAAAUCGUAGGGUCGUGGUUCUAAUGCAUUUCCUAGUACUAUUAUUAGGAUGAAAAAGUGUAGUUUACAGAUGUUCUGCAGAUAAAUCAUUGUGUUACUUGUACGAUACGUGUACUAUACAUUAUAUUAUGGUGACUUAAUUCGUGUUGAUGUACAAAACAAAGGGAUAAGUAGAGUAUGUGGGCGGGUUUGGCUGACAAUAGGACUGCAUAUCAAGUCUUCUGGGUUGUAUAUUAUUGAAGAGUUUCCAUUAGAUAGAAAUUAUGAAAAA